AUGAAAUUAGAAUCAGAAAUUGCUAAAUUAACCAAUGAAGUUGAAAUUAAUGCAAAAAUUGAUGUUGAAAAAGAAGAAUUGUUAACUCAAUUAAAUUCUUUAAGGGAAGUUCAAAAUCAUUAUCAACAAAUUAAAAAAUCGUUUGACGAAUUAAAUGAACGUUUUACUUCAACAAAUGUGCUGGCACAAGGAUUGGAAGUAGAGCAAGCAAAAUUGCUUGCAGAGAAGACUGAAUUGAAUAAAAAAUUGGAAAAUGCUACAAAAUUGUCUAAAGGUAGAGCACAACAAAUUAAAUUGUUAAAAGAACGUCAUGAUCGGGCAAUGGCUAUGGCUAGCAAAUAUUCGCCUGAAAUUGUUAAUUCUCUUCAGGGCGAUAUUGAAAAAUUAAAAUUGGAUAUGUCUCAAAAAGAGGAUGAUUUUGGAAUUUUGAGGAGAGAAUGUGAUCGGCUCACUGAAGAACUUAAAAAAACUAAGGAUGAACAUAACACACUUAAUGCAGAAUAUACCAAAGCUGUUGCAACGCAUAAAGCAACACAUGAAAGUCUUCUUAUGGUCAAACAUGUUGCUAGAAAAAUUCGUGAAGAAAAAAUUAAACUUUCCGCAGAAAAUGUAAAACUUCAGGACGAACUUAUGGUUGUUCAAGACCAAUUGGUAAAGACUCGAAAUUCUGUUGCUGCUGUCGCUGUAAGCUCUUCAAAUGUCGAAGCUGUUUCAACUAUACAAGCUGAGAGGAAGGAAUAUCAAUCAAAAAUUGAGGAAUUGACAAAGAAAAUUGAGGCGUCUACUCAACAAAUUAAAGAAUUAGAAGCUCAAAGGGACGAAUUAUUGAUAAAAAUUGAAAUGAUUGAAAAAGCUUAUAAAAGCAGUCAAGAGAAGAUUCGACAAAUGGGAAGUGAAAUUAAGAAAUUGAAGGAAGAAAAUGAGCAAUUGAGUAAAUUUGAAGCAAGUGAAAUUGGUGAAGGAAUAAUUGACAUUGACGACAUUCCUGUUGCAGCAGCUACUGAACCAGCUUCUUCAACAGAUCCUCCUGUCAAAACUGUUCCUGUUGAACAACAACAACAAGUUGAGCAACAAGCUUCUGCUGAAUUUACUAUUCAAACAGGAACUGGUGGUUUGAAUGAAAAUUUUGUGGAGGAAAAGAAGAAACCAAGGAACAAAGGAAAGGUCUGUAAAAAUAAUUAAUUGAAAAUAAAGGGAAAUUAGUUAUUUUUGGGUAUGUGGGGUCCCAGGGGGUAAGGAUGGGCCCAGAUCUGGGAUGGGUCUCGGGACCCAGACUAGAGAUGGGGGAAGGGCUCCCAGGGGGUAAGGAUGGGCCCAGAUCUGGGAUGGGUCUCGGGACCCAGACUAGAGAUGGGGGAAGGGCUCCCGGGGGGUAAGGAUGGGUCCAGAUCUGGGAUGGGUCUCGGGAUCCAGACUAGAGAUUGACCCAGACUUUUGGGGGUCCCAGGGGGUAAG